UGAGCUGUGCAGAGGAGGGAAAGGGUGGGGCGGGCGAUAGUGGAGGGCGAGGGCCAGGACAAGUGGGGACAUUUGCCUUCACAGGCUGUAGAAGAGCCAGCGGACCUCCCAGGCCCCAGGCCUGCUGGGGGCGAUGGGCUCCCUGGCGGCCGCCCUCUGGACAAUGCUCCAUCCCCAGACGCUCCUAGUGGGUGCUGUCGCCUUUCUGCUCUUUGCUGACUUCCUCAAAAGACAGCGGCGAAAGAACUACCCUCCGGGGCCUUGGCGCCUGCCUUUCCUCGGCAAUUUCUUCCACCUGGGCUUUAAGGAGUCACACCUGACACUUCAGCCGUUUGUGAAGAAAUAUGGGAACCUUAUUGGCCUGGAGUUUGGAAACGUGUCUACAGUGGUUAUUACUGGACUGCCCUUGAUCAAAGAAGCCCUCAUCCACAUGGACCAACACUUUGUGAACCGCCCUGUUUUCCCUCUCCAAGACCACAUCUUUAAGGGAAAUGGAUUGGUCAUGUCCAAUGGCCAGGUGUGGAAGGAGCAAAGAAGGUUCGCCAUGACAGCACUAAGGAACUUUGGUCUGGGAAAGAAGAGCUUAGAGGAACGCAUUCAGGAGGAGGCCCGCCACCUCAUUGAGGCAAUCAAGGAGGAGAACGGACAGCCUUUUGACCCUCACUUCAAAAUCAACAAUGCAGUUUCCAAUAUCAUUUGCUCCAUCACCUUUGGGAAGCGAUUUGAGUACCAGGAUGAUCAGUUUCAGGAACUGCUGAGGUUACUGGAUGAACUCGUAUAUAUGAGUGCUUCGAUAUCUUGCCAGCUCUACAAUAUCUUUCCGCGGAUAAUGAAAUUCCUUCCCGGAUCCCACCAUACAGUCAUCAGAAAAUGGGAAAACCUGAAAUUGUUUGUUUCUGAAAUGAUUGAAAAUCACAAGAGAGACUGGAAUCCUGAUGAAACAAGAGACUUUAUCGAUGCUUACCUCAAGGAAAUGGCCAAGAAUGCAGGCAAGGCUACUUCAAGUUUCCAUGAAGAGAACCUCAUUUGGAGCACUCUGGACCUCUUCUUUGCCGGAACUGAGACAACUUCUACAACUCUGCGCUGGGGUCUCCUUUACCUGGCCCUCUACCCAGAAAUCCAAGAAAAAGUACACGCUGAGAUUGACAGAGUACUUGGCCAGGGACAGCAGCCCAGCAUGGCUUCCCGGGAGUCCAUGCCCUACACCAAUGCCGUCAUCCAUGAGGUGCAGAGAAUGGGCAACAUCCUCCCCCUGAACGUGCCCCGGGAAGUGACAGCUGAUACCACCUUGGCUGGGUACCACCUGCCCAAGGGGACUAUGAUCAUGACCAAUUUGACUGCGCUGCACAGGGACCCCACAGAAUGGGCCACCCCGGACACAUUCAAUCCUGAGCAUUUUCUGGAAAAUGGACAGUUUAAGAAAAGGGAAGCCUUUCUGCCUUUCUCAAUAGGCAAGCGGGCAUGCCUUGGAGAACAGUUGGCCAGGUCUGAGCUGUUUAUUUUCUUCACUUCCCUUAUGCAAAAAUUUACCUUCAGGGCCCCCAAAAAUGAGAAGCUGAGCCUGAAAUUCCGAAUGAGCAUCACCCUCUCCCCAGUCAAACACCGCCUCUGCGCUGUUCCUCGGGCCUGAAUUUGUAGGGAAGGAAUGGAUAAAGGAAAGUAAGAAGAAUGGGAGUGUGUUCUGAAGACACUGGUGACUGCACAGGUGUGAGGGGACAAGUGGCCCUGAGGAAAGAUAAGAAGAAAUGGACUCUGAGGAAACUAUCCAAAUCUGAGUUCUGCUGUCUCAUCUGAAUUAGCCUUGGGAAAAUCAUUUAUGUGCUGAAUCAUUUAGCUUUUUAUCCAGGAGAGAAAAGUGGAUAAUUAUUCCUUCACUAAAGAAAGUUCCUGUGAGAAUCAAAGGAAAUAAUGUCCUUUAAGAGAUUUGUAAGUCAUAAGGCAUGUCAUAAGGGUUAUAACAGUAAUUUGCCUCCCCCCUGCUGCCUUUGUUAGACAUGUAUUUGCUUCUGGCCUAUUCAGACAGCUGGGUCAGAGUGGUUCAAAAUAGUCAGUAGGAUUUAAAAAUGGGCCCUGGGAGGAGCCACAGAGGUGAGCCAUAAAGACUGUCUGUCACAUUUGGUCCCACAGUGCUUACUUUAUUUUGUUCAUGCCUCAGGUGGUUUUCUGAGAAGUUAGCAGGGCAGGUAUUAUUCCUUAUUUACAGACAGAGAAAGCAAGUGUUGUCGAAGCAGUUUCUUUGGAUGACAUAAGGAAACACUACCUUGGCCUUAGAUCUAGGGCCAAGUAGAAUGUGUCCCCAAUUAACCAACCUGGGAAGCAGGUCUGGGGGACAAAUGUGGAAAUAUUUUCUGUCCUUAGGAGUACCCCUUUGCCUUAAAUAUUUCCUCAAGUAUUGAUUCUCAGGCUGUUUCACAUUGAAUUUAUCUAUGUUGUAGGUGUGAUCUUUUCUUGCAGCUAGAUUGUAAGCUUUUGGUCAACCCUGGGAGGAUAUUUUAUAGCAGGAAAUCAGAAAUGUCACAUACCUGCUCUACCCAUCUGGGUUUGGCUGCUCAGCAGAGACAAUGUUCAUAAAAGAGAAAGCCAGCUAAUACUGAUAGUCCUUGGAGCUUUGACACAAAGCCAAUGCAGAAAAAUGAACAAAACCCCUGGAAUCUAGGCUGACUCUUAUAAAAAAUUCUGUUUUCCCUACAGUGGCAUCUUAGUUUGUUUUCUGUUGCUAUAACAGAAUACCUGAGCCUGGAUGGUUAUACAGAAAAGUUUGUUUGCUCAGGGUUCUGGAGGUUGGAAAGUCCAAGAGCAUGGUGGCAGCUUCUGGCAAGGGCUUUAGUACUGUGUCAUGAUAUCGUAGAAAAAAAGAAGGGCAAGCAAACAUCUACCAAAUAGAGAAAGCAUGAGGUGCUUGGCUUACUUUAUAGUAGUCCACUCUCUCGAUAACUAACCCACUUUAGGGGAAAUGACAUUAAUCCUUUUGUGAGGGCUCCACCCUACUGACCAAAUCACCUUACACUGGGCACCACCGCCCAACACUUCAGCAUGGGGGAACAUGUUUCAAAAGAAACUUUUGAGGGGACAAACACCCAAACCAUAGCAAAGUGGUUAGACCUGUGUAAUUUAAAUAGUGUAAAACACAACAUGCCACGAAGCCAUGGUGCUUAUCCUUCUUGUUUCCUGGGAUUCAGAGUAAAGCAAAUGUAGUUGGCACUGUGAAAAUGAGAAACAGAAAAAAGGAUGGCAGGAAGGCGUUUGCCUAGAGUGAGCCUAAGCUGGCUGAGAGAUCCAAGAAAAAUGUGUCUGGAAGAAAUGGUUGGGUUUUAAUGUGCAGGAGGAAGCUUUGGUCCUUCUUGCGUGGUGAAAGAAAGAAUGGGAGUGAGAGCCCCAUGCAUGUGUACCUUUUUGUAACCCACUGAAAAAUUGCAUCUCUAGAAAAGAGGCCAAGUGAUAGAGAAUAAAACCAAUCAAGUCAGGACUUGAACUUGAACUUCCUUCCUAAACUUCCAGGACCUUGUUUCCAUUUUGUUUUCCCAUCAGAGUACACAGGUGUGUAAUGUCCCACAUUUUUCUGAUGUGCUGUUCAUUAUUCUUCAUCCUUUUAUCUCUCUUUUUUUUAGAUUGCAUAAUCCCUAUGAAGCUAUCUUCAAAUUUAUUGAUUUUUAACUCUUCUAGUUUACAUCUCUUCUUGAUCCCCUCUACUAAUUUUUAAAAUUUCAGUUAUUUUACCUUUCAACUACAAAAUUUCAUUUGGUUAUUUUUUUUAAUAAUAUCUGUCUCUUUAUUGAUAUUCUCUAUUUGAUGAGACAUUGUCAUCAUAGCUUCAUUUACUUCCUUCACCAUAGUUUUCUUUAGUUUUUUGGACAUAUUUCUAGUUAAGUUGCUUUAUAGUUUUUGCUAAGUUUGACACCUGGGCUCUCUCACUGGCACGUUCAGUUACCUAUUUUAUUUACUCUGCUUGGAUCACACUUUCAUUUUCAUUUGCAUGUCUUGUAAUUUUGUGUUGAAAACCAUACAUUUUAGAUAAUAUAUUAUAGCAAUUCUAGUUAAUGAUCUGUCCCCUUCCCUGGGAUUCUUGCUGUUUGUACUUUUAUUUGUUUACUGAAUAGGCUGGAAUAAUUUCCCCACAGUGUAAAGUCUAUGAUGUUAGGUCUCUGAGGACAGAGACUUGAGUGUGCACACAGUCACAGUAGGAUAACAUUGGUUUUAGCAGGGCUCUCUUUGACUGUCUUUUUCUUGUUCUCUAUUAAGCUGUCUGCCUCUGCAGGUAUUACACUUAGUUCUUAAUCUCCAAUAACUACCAGCUGAUUGCUCUAUUGUUUUCAUCCAUGCCUGGGGAAUAAAUUAGUUCACAAACUGAUCCAAUUCAAUUUGAGCUUCUCAAGAACAGUCUUUAAAGCCAGUCUUUGAGAUUUAUUCUGGCCCCAGGAAGGCUUUUCUUAGCUCUCACUUUCCCUGAUUGCUCCUUGUAGACCUCUAGCUGGUCUAUGGUGUAGCUUAUUGUUCUCUUGGAGCUAUAGGCCUCCUCUUAAUUGCUUACCACCAAAAUCUCUGUUGUUUGGGGCUUCUGUCAAGCCUUCAUGGCUAAUCUCUUUUAGUUCAGAACGUCUAUCCUAUGUGCAGGCUGUGCUGAUGGCAACCAUGGCCCAGUAUUCUCAGUCUGCUGUCGUGGGGUAAUGUUUCUGCCCUACAAGAAGGGGGUGGAUCAAGGAGGAUAUCCCUGGCCCUCUCAGUCAGUCUUGCCUAGAAUGGAGAUUCUGCAGCAUGGCAUUUUGGGAGGAGGGUAUGAGAAAUGCUUGCAACCUUUCCUUCUCAGGGAGAAUCUAUAGCCAUCAACUGGUAGCCAAGGAAAGUGCUCUUGGCCACACCUGUCUAGAACUGAUCUGUCACACUGAGCUGGGGAUUGGGAAAAGAGUGGGUUAUUGCUCCAUUGCCACAGACUUUUGCUGUUUUUACCAAGAUUUAGUACAUUUAUCUUGAAGAAAAUGUCUUCAUUUACUUUAUGUCUUUGGCACACUUUUCAGACACAUAAAUGGUUGGGGUUUUAUUAAUAAUUUUUAUCAAUUGUGGGUUUUUACUAGGAAGAAUUUCUGCAGAACUCCUCAUGUUGCCAUUAUGAAAGUCAUCUUCCUGCGGCACUGUUUUUAAUGAAAAAUAAAGAAAGAAAGAAAAAGCAGUUGUAGAUCAAUUCUUUUAAAAACAACAUAUAAAUAUUAGAAACAUAUCAUGGAUGCAUAACAGCUGAAGUAAAACAGGAAAUGUGGACUGGAACAUACAAGUUAAUACCUAAAGAGUAUCCCUCUCUGGACUUUGGAAAGAUAUAAUGAGACUUCAAUUCUCUUUUAUUUUAAAAGCCUGUAAUAAAAGAUUUUAAACAGAA